AUACACACGCGGUAGUUUCGAUGCUCAGUUUACACGGCUCGGUUAUACCGCGUUGCCGAUUCAAUAUAGGUUUGAAAUAAUAUAUUAUUAUUAUUAUUAUUAUCGUCGUAUAUUGAAGGUGUGCGAACGAGAUCGUCCGAAGACGUCCGCCGUCCUGGAACGUGGAUAGAAAUAGUGCGGCAAUUUUUGAAAUCUGCAAAUUUUUUUCCUUCUACCGACGGGGCCGUCUGUCCGCGCUUUCGCAGCAAGACCACCCUAUUAUUAGAAUACCGUCGUGUUAGGCGUACCGCGGUUAGCGCCUGAAAAAUUGCAGCCCGACCAAAGCCGGGAUUACAAUAUUGCCGAGAUCAAAUUGGCCUGAAAAACGUGUAUUUUGUUUUGUACUUCUUCUGGAAAAUGUUCUCCACUUGUUAGCAGAGGCCGGGUUAGAAGAAAAAUGAUCCAAGAUGUCGUCAACGACACGGCCAACAGCACAAUGCCCACUAACAACACUUACGAUUACACGUCUUAUGUCGAGAGGCCGGAAACCUAUAUCGUGCCCAUAUUGUUCGCUCUGAUCUUCAUCAUCGGCACCGUCGGCAAUGGAUCGCUGGUGAUGAUUUUCUUCAAACACAAAAACAUGAUCAACGUGCCGAACAUUUACAUACUCAGUUUAGCUUUGGGCGAUUUGUUGGUCAUCGUCAGCUGUGUUCCCUUUACGUCUAUUGUUUACACGGUGCCGUCGUGGCCGUUCGGUCAAAUCAUCUGCAAAGUGUCCGAAGCCACCAAGGACAUAUCCAUCGGCGUGUCGGUGUUCACGUUGACAGCUCUGAGCGCAGAUAGAUUUUUCGCCAUUGUGGAUCCAAUGCGAAAGCUUCACUCGUCCGUCGGAGGGCGGAGAGCGACCAGAUUCACCGUCAUCAUAGCGCUUACAAUAUGGUGCCUGGCCAUAGUGUGCGCCCUGCCGGCCGCCAUGUUCUCCUACGUCAGGUCGUUCCAGGAAAACAACGUCACCUUGUUCGAAGCUUGCUAUCCGUAUCCCGAGGAAUUCGGGACUAUAUACCCGCAGACGGUGGUGCUCGUUAAGUUCCUGGUCUACUACGCCGUGCCUCUGUUCGUCAUCACUUGCUUUUACGUCAUGAUGGCCAGACAUCUGAUCCAAAGCACGAAAAACAUGCCUGGCGAAGUCCAAGUCAGCCAUAAGGGACAACUGCGGCAGGUGCGAGCCCGGAAGAAAGUGGCCAAGACCGUGUUGGCGUUCGUCAUGGUGUUCGCCGUUUGCUUCCUGCCCCAUCACGUGUUCAUGCUGUGGUUCUACAACAACCCCCGGGUGGAAGACGAGUACAACACAUUCUGGCACGUGCUCCGCAUUGUCGGCUUUUGCCUGUGCUUCAGCAACUCGUGCAUCAACCCCAUCGCCUUGUACCUGGUCAGCGGCACGUUCCGCAAGCACUUCGACCGGCAGCUGUUCUGGUGGCUGGUCAAGUCGCCGGGCACGGUCGUCGAGUCCAAGAACGGGUACAUGCGCCGGAAAAACGGCACCCGGCCCAAGGAACGCAUGAUGGUACACGAACGUUCGUCGUCCAACGUUCUCAUGAGCACGUUCAAGAGGCAGCCCGAGUACAACACCACCACAACGGUGCUCACGUGCGGGGUGCACGACCCCGUCAACGGCAUAUAAACGACAAUAUUUGUUAUUACUAUUACUAUUAUUAUUAUUACUGUCGCAGAAACACCGCCGAAACAUUCCACACGUUUAGACGCGACACAAUUAUAUACAUCUUAAGACGUACGAUCAAUUACACAACAACGCAGGUGAGAGCACUUUUGGUGUAUUUUUUUUCGGUUUCUGCUCGACUCUGAGAUUUUCGGUGUCGAGAAAAAACGGAUUCCUCAAACGUUUCCUGGAACGUGUUUCAAAAUAAAUAAACGUUUAAGUCGCAUUCCAAAAGAAUCAAACGUCUGGUAGUUAACCGAAAGGAACAUAUCUUGGAACGUUUACACCACUAGUCGUGGGCGCAGAAAAAAUAAUUUCAUUCUAUUAAAUUGCGUUAUUUGUUGUUAACUAAAUUUGUUAGUUGGAAAAAAAAAACUGUUUUAUAAGCUCGAAAUAAAAUAUUAUUUCGUUAUUUCGAUUUUAGAAAAAUAAAAUAGUCUUCUAUAACUACUGUAAAAAUAUGGCUUAAAACAAAAUUACUACAACCAAAUGAGGUCAACCACUGUUACAACAAUACUUCUCAAUGUAAAGUAGAAAUAUGCUAAAUAUGUAUAUUAUCUGACAAAUUAUUGCAAUAUUCAAUUUCAUUGUGUUUCCCCAAAUCGAACAUUGGCCAUUUUCGAACAUUGGUCAACCUAAUCCUACAGUGUUCUUCCACGCUUCACUGUUUAUUGGCAAACACCUGUCCAUUCAUUCGUGGUUCUAAUUAGUCCUGAACCUUCUUCUUGUCGGCACGUUCAAAUAUCGUUCUCUGGAAAUAAAAUAAUGCGAGUGACGAAUAAAAAAAUUUGAAAAGAAAAACUAUUUGAUCAAAGUAUUCGAAGAGUUCGGCGGCUGUUAUUUUUAACAAUAUAAAAAUUUAAUAAUGGCUUGGGUGAAUCUCCAAAGAUACUGCAACAAGUAUAUUCUCGUGAAAUACACAGUUUUCAAUUAUUACAAGUAUUUCAUUUACACUCAACCAAGUUACUAGGAUACCCAAACAAAAUAAAAUGUACUUGUGUGCGUUGGUAUGCCAUGUUUGAUGUUUAUCUUGAAAUUUCGACCAAUUAUUACUUGUUUAUUAAAAUCUGAGUACCAAGUAAAGUCAUUGGAUUUUAAUUUAACAUAAACAAGCCGAUGGGGUUCAUUUAAAAACAUCUCAGAAAGGGAUCUAAUAAUUUAAUUAGGAAAAUUAUUAUUAUAGUUUAUGACGAAACACUCCAAAAAUUUGUUCACUCUUACAUUAAACUCCAUGUUGAAAAUUCCUUUACUUUAUAUUACCUUUACAGUAAUAAUGUAUAAGUAUUUUUAAAUUUCGAAUUAUGGGUUUCCUUAAAACAUUUUGUUAGAAGGUCUUUUUCAUUCCAAAUAUAUAAGGCCAGACGAGUGUUGUAUUCCUUUUGUUACUCUCACUUUGUGUCUCUCUCGAUCUUAUCUAAUAUUUUUACUGAAACCUCAUCUAACUCAUUUCAAGUUCAUGAACUUAAGCCAUACUAUACAAACAUUUCAAGAAUAACCUAACCUAUCUUGUUUUUCGUUUAAAUUUUAUACUAACCAGGAAGAGACACCUGUUUCUCACAUUUCUUCUCCCCAAAACUCCAACCUGACUUAACCCUACUUCUUUAUAACCAUUCCUAAUUAUAUCUGGCCUCUCACAUUAGAUGUAUUGAGAUUGCCCAAGACGUUCUCGUUUCAGUCACUUUUGUUUUACUCUCAUCUUACCCCUUUAAGGUUUAAAAGUGUUUUAUUUAAUUAUUACCCUAGUCCACCACAAUAGUCUAUAUUUUAGUUAUUUUUAAUUAAUAAAAAUUAUGUUUUAAUUUAUUGUGUGUAUGUUUUUGUAUCAGGGGAUUCCUACUGAAAGUAAUUGUUAAAUUGUGUAGAACUGUAUAAUUUCGUUGGAGAUCGCCAGUAUGAAUGGUCCACUCAAGUAUUGUAUGGUUGAAAAGUUCCAUUGUUUUAUUUUUUCUAUUGAUACUAAGUCCUUAACUAUAUUAUUGUGUGAAAUAAUUUGUAGACAAAACACAAGUAUGAACAUAUUAUACGCUGUUACGAAUAAAAGUGUACUGUAACUUAUACUGUAAAUAAUAAUAGUGUACACGCCUUUUGAUAGGUAAACCAUUUGGCGAUUGAGUUUUAUUUGAACUUUUUAAUUUAUUAAAAAGUAGUAUUCACUAGUGAAACAUUAUAGUUUAAUAUUAUUUUUCUAGAAAAUAUAAUUUUACUAAGCUGAAAAAGUCAUAAAUUUAGCUCAAAUUUGCGUUGGUAUUAUAUUUUACUAUUGUAGGUAAUUUUGUUUUUAAUGGCGGUUAACAUUUUUAGUGUUUUUCAUUUCAUAUAUAAAAGUGAGCAAAUUAUAUUUCUCGUGGUUUUAUUAUUUUUAUUUUUUUUGUAUUCUUGGGACAUAAUCUUUGUAAAAAGGUGUAAUAAACAUAUAGAUUCGGUUAUAGAUUUCGAGUGAUCCAAAAUAGUAAGAUAAAUAAAAACCUAUUAGGUACUUAGCCACGAGAAAUUUCAUCCACGCGCUUUUUGGUACAAUUUUACGGCUGUAAAUAUUGUAAGCCUAACCGUUAAUAAUAUAUGUAUAUUAUGCAUUUUUCAUUAAUUAUUCCGACCGAAAUCGUUUCGUAUAAAAUGUUGAUUUAUUAUAAUUACUGACUAAAAUAAUUUUUAACGUUUGCACUGAAAAUUAAAUUUUAAAGGGCAAUUAUUUGGAGUGAAACAUUUCAAAUCUCGAAUUCAUAUUUUAUUAGUUCAAUUUAAACGGGACAAUGGUGUGGGAUGAAUGUAAUUACCGCGUUUAUACUGCAACCGCAGUAAUGGCAAUAACCAUUAGCCUGUUUUGGAAAAAAAAAUACAUCAUCAAUGAUUGGCGUUUAAAAAUAAUUUGAGAGAUGGCAAUAAAGGGAGGAAGGUAGACAGUAAUAUUAUUUUUAUCCUCGUGCCAACUGAUAACGGUUAACCGUUUAACCCGUUUGUACACAAGGCUUCUUGUCAUAUACCCUCCAAAGCUUUCCUUUAAAAUAGCAUUUUCAAAUUGAAUAUUAAAUGUUAUUUUCAGUCAAUUGAAUUGACUGUAGAUUAUUGUUUUAAAUGUAUAUUUAAUAUGAAACGUUUAAAAAAAAAUUCGUAAUGAAAUUUUGAGAAGCCCUAAAAUUCUCAAUAUCGUUUUAGUGCUCAAUUAGUUUUAAUUUUUCGCAUAAUAUGUUCAGUACGAUGUGUGUAAAAUACAAUAAAAUAAUGAGCACUAAAUUACCCUUUAUUAAGUUAGAUUGCAACGAAAGUGUCCUCAAACACACGACUAUAUAGAUAUUAUUUAAAUUAUAUUAUAACAAAAAUAUUGUGUGUAAUAAUUUAUAAUUAAAUCUUUAUUUAUUUUUAGUACAUUUUUUUGUAUAUAACUGAAAACUAUGGUAACUUUUGGGAAAAAUUCUGUGUAGUUUAUAUUGUCAUGUGAUUAUAUUUUUUUUUAAUGAUUGUAAAAUUAUUUUUAAAACCCCAGUGUUACUAAUGGUUAAUUACUAUUAUUGGUAUUUGUUAAUUUUAUUUUUUUAAAAAUGUAAAUUGUAAUAAAGGAAAGUUGUGUCAAUAGAAAAUAAAAUGUAGCAACCUAUUCCUAUACAUACCUAAUUAUUAUAAUAUGAACUGCUACAACUGUACCUACGUGCAGUUAAGAAAAAUGAUAUUAAAUGUUGUUGCUGAUUUACAAUGUUCCAAAUGUAUAUUUUAGACUUAAGAAAUGUAAAUUUGUCAACAUGUAAUGCAUGAAUAUAAGCCAUGGGGCAAUUAAUUGUUAUAAACUGAACUAAAUGAAAUAUUGAAUAAAUUCAUCCUUAUAUAGGUUCA